AUGCUCGAAGCCUUCGAGAUUCUGUCGACAUCGGGAGUGGUCCUAUGGUCCAAGUCGUACGCUCCGGUCGGUUCCCACGUUGUCAACAGCCUGAUCAACGACGUCUUCAUCGAAGAGAAGACGCAGCUUCAGAACACCACAAACGGCGUUUCCCCAACCUUCAAGAAAGAGAAAUACACUUUGAAAUGGAGGAGGUCAAAGGACUUCAAUUUGAUCUUUGUGGCCGUAUACCAGUCGCUUCUCCACCUCGGAUGGAUUGACAAGCUUUUGGAUAACAUUUCAACUAUCUUUAUUGAUCUCUACAAGACUCAACUGAAGGGCGAACGGGCGAGGAUAGCUGAAUAUCCGUUCGACAAGUACUUUGACCAGCAAGUACGAGAACUUGAGGACAACGCCACCGCUGGUUUCGUCUCCGACGCGCCUGCAGCAGAUGCGGAAGCAAGAAAAGACCCGCUGGCCUCAGCUGAUAAUGGAGGACCGCCUCCACCACCCCCUCAAGCUGCGCUUAGUGCGGCAACCUCUGAUGAAGGUUCGCCGCCACAAACACCAGAUAUCCCCAGAGUAUCUUCGCCGUCGUCGGGCCAUAUAAUCACCGGCAAGGCCGGUCCAGGCGGCCGGGUGUCUCGCCGGGCGCGCAAGGCUGCGAACGCGAGCGCAACCGCCUCGUCUGGCGACGAGAAGGUUCGGAAAGGGAAGACACCAAAGAGUGGGAAGAAGUUACGAGUAUGGGACGCUGAUGGACUCGCGGAUGAGGACGAUGGAAGGGUCCUUGACUACUCCGCACCUGUUGAGGACGACGAUGCAUCCGCACCGGCGGUGGAAGCCGUCGCGGAAGACACUUGGGGCCGCCGGACUGGCAAAGGCCAAUUCGUGCUGAAGGAUCUGGGGGAUGAAGUCCACUAUAUCUUGGAGAAUGCAGACAGCGAGAAGGCCAAGUCCUCUGCACCGUCCGGACUAGUAGGAUCCGGGUUCAGCGCGAUCGGUGGUCUGCUGCGUAAUAUCGUCGGUGGCAAAGUUCUGACCGACGCUGAUCUGGAGAAGCCAUUGAAAGCCAUGGAAGACCAUUUACUGAAGAAGAAUGUCGCGCGCGAAGCGGCUGUCCGGCUGUGUGAUGGCGUCAAGCAGGAGCUGGUUGGUAAGAAGACGGGCAACUUUCAGAGCGUGGAUGCUGCUUUGAAGUCGGCAAUGGAAUCUUCCCUUCGCAAGAUCCUCACACCUACCUCAUCUCUUGACCUGCUCCAUGAGAUUGACACCGUUACCAAGGCGAGAAACAAGCAAGUCAACUCACGGCCGUACGUGAUCUCAAUUGUCGGAGUCAACGGUGUCGGCAAAUCCACGAACCUCGGCAAAAUCUGCUACUUCUUGCUACAGAACAACUACCGCAUCUUGAUAGCUGCAUGCGAUACCUUCCGAUCUGGAGCCGUCGAGCAGCUCCGCGUCCAUGCCCGGAACUUGAAAGAGCUCAGCGCUCGCGAGAAUGUCGGCGCCGUGGAGCUCUACGAGAAAGGCUACGGCAAGGAUGCCGCGAAUGUGGCUAAAGAUGCCGUGGAAUAUGGUUCCGCCAAUGGGUUCGACGUUGUUUUGAUUGAUACUGCUGGCCGUCGCCACAACGACCAGCGUCUCAUGUCCUCGCUGGAAAAGUUCGCCAAAUUUGCUCAGCCCAACAAAAUCUUCAUGGUUGGAGAAGCCCUUGUUGGCACCGACAGUGUGAUGCAGGCGCGUAACUUCAACCAAGCUUUCGGAACAGGGAGGAAUCUUGACGGGUUCAUCAUCAGCAAGUGCGAUACAGUUGGCGAUAUGGUUGGGACCCUUGUCAGCAUGGUGCAUGCGACAGGCAUUCCGAUUGUUUUCCUAGGAGUUGGCCAGCACUAUGGUGACCUGAGAGGACUCAGCGUGCCGUGGGCCGUUAACCUUUUGAUGAAGUGA